UUAUAUUGUAAAGGUGAAAAAACAUCAUCUUGUUUCCCUUUUCUUCCUUUUUAUCAUCAAUCCUUGUCCCUUACCAUCAUCAUCACUCCCCCUAAACACCAACAAAAAAAAUAGCUGCUUUCUGGUUUUGAUUGGGAGAGGAUGAGAGUGAGAGAGCAUUAUGCGAAUCCUUUGUGACGCUUGUGAAAGUGCUCCUGCUAUUGUCUUCUGUGCUGCCGAUGAGGCUGCUCUUUGUCGUGCCUGUGAUGAAAAGGUCCAUACGUGCAAUAAGCUUGCUAGCCGCCAUGUCCGGGUGGGUCUAGCAAAUCCCAGUGAUGUUCCUCGCUGUGACAUAUGUGAAAAUGCACCUGCUUUCUUUUACUGCGAAAUAGAUGGAAGUUCCCUUUGUUUGCAAUGUGAUGUGAUUGUACAUGUUGGAGGUAAAAAAACCCAUGGAAGAAAUCUUCUCUCAAGGCAGAGAGUAGAGUUUCCGGGGGAUAGUGCGGUGGAUCGUAGUGAGAACGGAAUAAGCCUAAAUCAGUCAGCUAAACCUACGAUAGGAGAGAACCAACAAAAUCACAAGGUCUCUCCUUCACAAGUGAUGGCUGCUAAAGAUCUCAAGACCGAUACUAAAAUUGAUUUGAAUAUGAAGCCUCAUCGAAUGCAUGAGCAAGCCUAAAACAAUCAGGAACAAUAAUUCGUUUUUCUCAUCGGAGGUGGUGAUGGUCAUUGAUCACGAUACAUGGUACCGAUUUGUUAAAUUCUAUUUAGAAGCCAGAGCUUGGGGGAGUUCUUGCCGUUUCUGGUCAAUCAAUCAUCUCCUUUGCUUUAAUAUCGUUAGCCUAGUUGUUUAAACCAGUUUCCAGACAGCUUUUGAGCCUCGUACUGCAAGGCAAAAGAAUGUAAUCCGCAUACAUUGCAAGAAAUGAUCUCUAAUCUGUCAUUCCUUUUUAGGUUUUGUUUGUAAUGGUUGGAAUUGCAUUGUGAAAACAGUACGUUUUGUAUGACU